AUGCCAAAGAAAUACCAGCAAAAGUCUCUCCAGAUUAAGCCGCAGUCAAGCAGUUCACACACCCUGUCACUAUCCCACUCAUCCACAACCCAACAAGAAUCUUCACAACGCACUGUCAAUGACUUGAUACGAGAUUCUCGUCGUCAGCAACUGCGAAAGGAACAGCAGAACUCUCCUCAUGGAGCACUCACCACUGUAACUGCGGGUUCAGUGCCUCCGUCGGUAAGAGCAGUCUUAGACCUCCCGCCGCCGCCACCACCGCCCGAGCCACGAGUCGGCGUCAACCAUGGUGGAGGAACAAUCAGAUAUGGUCCUGGAAAUCCUAGCCCUGCUCGGUUUCGUCGAAUCCCUGGUCCACCUCCACCACGAUCAUGGUUGACGGACUCUAUUCAUGCUCCAGCGAAGUAUAAAAGAGGUAGUAAUGGUGAAUAUGAAAAUGACGGUCGUCGUUUACAGGUCCGAUCAAGCAUUCUCCCUUCGGGAUCCUUCCCGCCGGAGCGAUCUCUACAGCAUUUGGCUUUGAAAAAGAUCGCAAGCAACUGGGCGUGGCACGUUGAGUAUGAACGUGAAUACCUGGCCUACCUGCCUUUAAAUCUCAAAGAGACCCUAUUGAGCUACUUAGCCAUAUACAAUGAGUUGGGAUCUCCUGGCCUUAAUCCACUGAGGAUCUUGUUCCUAGAUGGAGAACAACAAGUUCAGGAAGAUCGCGAUGAAGUACAGCGUCUGGAUCUCGGCAAUGGACUCGGACUUUGGACAAGUUUGAAAGGACUGGAGAAAGAUUUGGUCACCAAGACUGUUGCCAAAAAGGCAUCCACUUCAGUUGAUGUGCAGGAUAGUUGGGAUGCUGAUGAUGACAGUGACGACUUUCCCAAAAAUAAUCCCACAGCAGUCCCUCGAGUCGUCCACAGUUUUCAGAACCUGAAGCAUUUGUCACUUUCCAUAUCUCCAGAUAACACUCAUGCGGCCUCUUGGACGUCGUUGUGUUCGCUUGCGACCGAGCUAGGUACUCUAUCGUCCUUGUCGCUAGCAUACUGGCCGCAACCCACGUUCACACCGAAUGCGGCCACAACACGAGCUGUCGUUCAUGUGCCUGGUGCUAGACCCGUUGUGUAUGGUGGAACAAACAUAUAUUCCUCCCUGGAUAAUGAUUGGCGCGAAGCUGCCGGUAUCUUGCGCACACUGAGUCGAGCACUUUACUGUUUGACUUGGUUAGACCUGACAGGUUGUGGCAAUUGGUGGGAUGCACUUCUUUGGCCUUCAAUGACAUCUAGUGACAAUGCCGAGGCUGAGAAUAUUGGACCCGAAUGGAAUGGAGGCUGGAGAGGCCUUGAGAAAUUAGUUCUCCAUCCAGGGUGGAAAUCAAUACCCCCACCACCACCUCCUGUAAAUCAAGGGCAAGCAGUCCAUGGUGAGCAAGACUGGAAUGUUGAACAUGAGCGUCUGGCAUUUCGCUAUCAAAAAGAAGAACAGCGUUUAGCAGAAAUGGAGAGAACGGCGAAAAGGGUAGCGACCCAACUUCGAAUAUUGAGAAAAUCUUGCGGUGGAAGAUGGCUUGACGUUGAUGUUGGACCUGCACCAUAA